AGUAGUGUUCUUAUAUUCAGCGAUUUCUCAAUUCUCAUCUACGGAGACCAAAACGUUUAGGACUUAUUGAUUCAACUUGCGCCUCGACAGUGAAUAUGUUAAAAAAAGGUGUCUGGAUAUAUGUAUAUAUAUUUUUCACGCGCGCGACCAACUAACAUUGCGAGCAAGAGAGCGAUCUGGGGCCGGAGACGCCAGCAAUAUGUCAGCGGAUACAGCUUCAGCACAUAAAAAUCAAUAUGGCGGUCGUUUUGCACAAAUUUCGAUGUUACGCAUUUCGACCGUUUAUUUCAGCAGAAUCACAAGUCAGGUCUUGUGUUCGCUGCCUAAGGACGAGUCAAUUAGUUUGUGGCAUGGAAGAGUUCUUUCCACCAGGAGUUAUUGAGAAAGGAGAACUGGCACCAGAAUCGGUGAAAACAGGUAGAAAAUGGCGUGCAAAUGAACUGAGGGGCAAAAGCAAUGAAGAUCUUCACAAACUAUGGUAUGUGCUUUUAAAGGAAAGAAACAUGCUAAACACAUUACGGCAUGAGGCGAAGAGACAGGGUGUGCCCAUGCCCUCACCUCAAAGAUGUUAUAAGGUGCAGAAGUCAAUGGCAUCAAUUAAACAGGUGCUCGGAGAACGGGAAAGAGUGUUGAAAAUCUUGGAAAAAGAAGUAUGGCCAUUUGACGAAGUUCCAGAGGAAAAACCAGUAACAGCCUUUGAUGAAGCAAAAUCAGAAUUUUCUGAUAGGAAGAAAGAUUAUCGUUUCUUGGCAUCGAUCCUGAAACAGGGGACUGAAGCUGCAGAAUAAACCAAUAUGAUUACUGCUUUUAACUCUUUCCCCCAGGCUGAGAGUGCUCAAGUGCAAAUCAUCAUUGGAAUGGCUGACUAGCAUUUCAUCCAGAGACUUAACAUUUGGAACAUGACUCUAGAAGGGAAAGAGUUAAUUAAGUGACAUGGCAUGUCCUUGUGAAACACAGUUGAUGUCAUAACGACCUUUAAAGUUCCCAGGUUUAAUCUCAUACUAAUUGUUAUUUCACAAAAGCAAUGCAUCGAAGUGUCUCCAUGUACACAUGUUGCUUCAAAGCUGUCAGAACUGCCUUAUGAAUUACAUGGCAGAACAAACAAUUUAUCACAGGAUUGAUCAAAUGCCUGUAAUCUCUGAAGAAAACAAUUUUACAAUAUACAAAAGUUAAUUGGACAGGCCAAAAAAGCCCACUGCUCUUGUAUACAUGUACAUGUACGCUGUGUAAAAUAAUGUCGACUUUAUAUUACACAAAAUUAGUUUAGUAGACAACGCAUUACUUCAUCAUGAUGGUAACUUUAUUCAAGAGAUGCUUUUCCUUUUAUAUUAAAAUAACUACAUGUACAAACUUCAAUGCCUCUAUGAUUUUAAAACACUAUAUGAAAUCUUUCUUUUUUAACUGUUCAGGUACAGUGAGUAAGACUGUACAAAGCCAGAUAAGUCAUAUUGUAUCUUUGUUGUGCAUGUUAUGUGUGGAAAAUAUUUUUCAUUUUACAGUACCACCUGAAAUUACAGUAUAUGCUAUUAGUCACGGGUUUUAUGAGGUGUUUUGCUUCAUCAUCAGUAGGAAAUUAUCUGGAUCCAAUCUCAGAUGUUAUUCCCUCAGGGAACAAAAAAAAUGCAAAAAGUGUACAAAGGAAGAUGUUUGUCAACUUAUUUUAGCACAGCUUUUGUAACCACUUGAAUGUGCUUUAGUCUGUACAAUGAACCAAAAUCAGAACACUUCGAGGGUUGCAGCAUCCAAGUCGAUUCUAGUGCACAGAUUUCUGUUCAAAAAAGCCAGCUUAUACUUGCUAUUGUG